AUACCAUAGCUAUAGUUGUGAGGUGGCUAGCUCUUCGUCAUCAAUCCGAAUUCGCUGAGAAAAACACAUCUGUGUCGACAAAAUGUUUGAAGUUACUGAUACCCAGAAGAUUGGAAUUGGCCUUUCUGGCUUUGGAAUAUUCUUCUUAUUCCUGGGAGUUGUAUUUUUAUUUGACAAGGGAUUACUUGCUCUGGGAAACAUCCUCUUUCUAUGUGGUUUGGCAUUUGUCAUCGGUCUUGGAAGGACGUUCGCAUUCUUCUUCCAACCACACAAACUUAAAGGAACAGGAUUCUUUCUUGGUGGGAUACUCAUCGUUUUAAUCGGCUGGCCGUUGAUCGGCAUGAUCAUUGAGACUUAUGGCUUCUUUGUAUUAUUUGGAGGAUUUUUCCCUGUGGCAAUAAAUUUCUUGAGGAGAGUACCGGUUAUCGGGACAAUAAUGAAUUUACCUGGACUUAGUGGUUUCUUCAAUAGAUUUGAGCAGCACAGCACCAAUGUUUAACUCAACUUACAGGCCCGUUUUCUUGAAAGCUACCUAAUUUUAGGCUAGAUUUAAAGACUUAGAGUUGUCCUUCCGUAUGUAUUGCCUCUAUUGUAUCAUAAUUUGUUGACACUGGAUUUGGUUGAAUCACCAAUGAAACUGUAUUCAGGUCUCCCAGGCAACGAAACCCUUAUUUUUUUAUUUCACUCCUAAAUCAAUUUUACUUCUCUAUUAUGCUACACAUUAACAGCAAUUUGUAUGAAAAUUAGGAGAUGAUACUUGAUCUUGCAUAAGAAGUAAUGUAAGAUGAGCCAGGUUGGAUCUAGGAUACUUUCCAGAAUACGGGCCUUAUUAGAUAGAGAUGUAAAUUGUUUAUAAAUACCUACCGUGUAGAACUAACUUGGUUUGUAUACUUGCCUGAAGGACUGUCAUGUUAACUGUUUUUCACUUGCCCUCUUAACAAAAAUAAAAUUUCUAGGAUGUUGUCAUUAUAAAAGCUGUCAUUAUGGUUGGCUGGGAGAGUAUAGAAUGCAUGUAUGAAUAUUUCAUGGAAAUAUGAAAGAUUUCCCAUUUCUUUGAACGACAAAGCCGUACUGUCAGACAUUUGCAAGUCCUUUCGCUCAAUGUAUCUCCUUAACCAAUGGUUUCUUAUUAGAAUUAUCAAUGCUCUUGAAACACUUAAUACAGUUUUUAUUUUGAUGGAUUACAAUUUCUUUGUGUCUGCGAAUAGAUAUUAGUUGUACUUGUAGAAGAACUGGGACGCCAUUUCAUUUGUUUGUUUUUAGUGUAGAUAGCAUUUUGAAUAUUUUCAAGAUAUUUAUUAUGAUAGGCUGUAUAUUUCAAAACAUAGCUUACUUUGCCAUAUACAUUGUGCAUGUUUGUAAAAAACGAAAUAGAAAUAAAAUAUUUGUCAUUUAAUUUUCUGAAUCUUGACUAAUGACAUUAUCAAUCAGAUCUCAGAUGCACCUCAAAAUGCCUAUGGACUGCUACAUUGCAUGUCUCUAAAUGUAGAUUUUCUAUAUGAGAUAUAGGAGAUACCCUGACAACUUUCUAAUGACUGAAUUGGAUAUAUUUUAAACAAAAAUCACACAAGGGUUAUAUUGUCCCCGUAUUCAACCAUGUACCUAGUUGUAUCAAGUUAUGAUGGUGACUUUCAGGACUUGAAAAGGUUGAUUUUCCUAUUUUUUUUUUCUUCUCUCAUCGCUUUCUCUGACAUAUCUUUUACUAAUAUUUGAAUGCACUUUUAUUGCCUUUUCUCUUUUUUCCCUCUCUUUCAUGUAUGUGUACAUUCCUUCUUCAUAUUGUGUACAUGAUUUUAAAGUUUUUGCCACCUUGUGUUUGAAAUAUAACUGAAUUAUUCUCAAUUUUAUUUCACAUAAAAGUACAGAGCACUUUUUCAACCAGAAUAUUAUAUUAGUUGUCAUUGUCAUUGUUAACUUGUCUGAUUGAGUUGGCACUUUCAAGGCAUAUUUAAUCAAAAAUAUUGGCUCGUAUGUGGAGAGUUUUUUCAUGAUUUGUUUUUGUUUGCUCUCUUUGAGUGCAUGACAGUUUCUUGAUAUUGCCAAAGUUUGCUCUCUUAUUUGAUCUCCAAUAGAGAGAAUUUCACAGUAAAUAUACAUUCCUUGGAAUAUUGAAGAGAUGAAUUACUGUAACAAAGACAAAAUUAAGAUGAUAUUAAUUUCUUUUAUUUGGUAAUACCAAAAUAGGUCAACAAUUUCUAUUUUACUUAUUUCUUCUAUGGUAUAUUAUGAUAGUGUAUAGAUCUAGUUGAUAGUAUUCUUGUGCAGUUUCAAAGUGUUCUAAAGGAGGAGUUUAUGAUUGUUUGACAAGCAUACCCAAGGCAGCCGACCUCCAUUGACUGAAGGUACUAUUUCGUCAUUUGGUCUACCUAUUUUUUAUUUAUUUUUUAUUCAUACAGUAUUUUAACUAAAUCCCACUGUUGUAAUGAUUCUCUACAUUUGAUAUAAUGAUGAGUCAUCACAUUUUCUCUGAUGUUUUUGUUUAAUGUAUGUUUGGGUUAUUAUCCAUUUGUCUAAUAUCCUACUCUAUUAUCCACUUCGUCUGAUACAAAGUCACCUUCAAUGGCCAUGCUAUUACCCUCUCUUGUGAAUAUGAAUAUGAAUAUGAGACCAACUUGCAGGAGACGCGUUGAUAGUACCGGUACUUGUAUUUUAAUUGGUCAUUAGACCAAACGAUAAUUAAACUAUUGGACAUCAUGGUUAAUAGACAAAUCAUUGUAGGCAAAAUAAUAAAUCACACCAGGUGGUAGUAGACCGAGUAUAGACAAAUUGAAUUAGACCAAAUGGAUACAAUAUUAUUGACAUUAGACCAAUGGCAAUCCAUCUUAAAUUAUCAGUGACUUUUUUCACCAUGUGGCAAACUAAUGCAAUUAUUGCAUGCUUUAGUGAUUCUAUUGACCAAUUGCAGGUGUCAAGAUGACUUUAAGAAUAUCGUACCGUUCAAUAGUAGGUCUCUAGAGGUCUGUAAAUAUAUUUAUGGCAUUUUACAUGUAUGCAUGGAAGGGAUACAAGAAAGGAGGAUGCAAACAGUUCCUUCUUCAAGUUAGCUUAUUUUAAUUAGAAACAUAAUUUGGUAAACAAUUUUUUAAUGUACUUUUUCAAUGACUAAGCUAGAGAGAAAGGGUCGACUUUGAAAUGAAGUGCAUUUUAAAUUAAACUUAUUGUAGAUGGGCAAAAAGAGAGAGGAAGAAAUGAUUGAUUCUAUGCACAAAAGAUACAGACAAUCUGACUUAUUCGGUAUGGUAAAUAUGUCAUUAUUUUUAGCUUCUUAAAACUAGGUCUUUAUUUUAUAUCAUAAAUGUUGAUUUAGAAUGCUAUCAUUUCUUCUCUAUACCCCUGUAAAAUCUUUUAAAGACUUGUUUGUAUCGUACAACAUCAAUAUAUAGUUUUAUUUGCUGAAGGAUUAUGUUUGAUGCUUCAAGUUUAAUUUUGAUUUGUAAUGGAUAGAAUUAUUUUUGAUCCAUUUGUGAAUCUUUGAAACUUGUUUUAUAUGAAAAGAGGCAUUGUGAUGUGGAAGCAUCAUAUGUAAUAUCAUUUUGACUGUACGAGAUUUGA